GUUAACUUGUUGGUCUCUAAUUACUACUUGUCACCUGUGCGAGGGUGUCCUAGGGAAGUCUACCCCCAAGCAAAUGUGAGUUUCUCCAGGCGAUUACAUUUGUCUCUACCUCCAAGACCUUCGAUAUAAGGGGCCAGAGCUGCCUCUAGUACGGGGCAGGAACCCUGACCUACGCUGUGCACCGCGCAACUCAGGCAGUAUCUCGGCCACCCCUGUCCGUGGAGGUCUUCUGGAGGCAGUGUUUCCACAGCGACAGACUGUAAACAAAUACCAGCUGAGGCUCCUGGAGGCAGCCGCUGUGAGCUGCGGGCGAACGGUUGGUGCCCUAGGAGAGGGACGGGCCCCCGGACUAUGGCUCUCCCUCGGCCAAGAGGCGAUGUUACCUUCUCCCAAGCAACAGUGAGAGAAUAUCCUGCUCUUCCAAUAGGAAGCACAACAUCCAGCCCUCUCUCAGAAGCUAGGACUCUGCAUAAACGUAAGAUCUUUCAGAACCGAAAAACUCCGCCACUUCAUUUUUCUGUGGGUGGCCGUCUCUCCUCCUGGCCUGCGUAUGCCAGCGCACAAGCUAUCUUGCAGAACCGCAAACCCUGCUCAACCACCGACAAAACAGGGGCCAGAGACAAGCCUGCGCUCACCAUUGCAAAGCCCCGAUACCUGGAACAACUAGAGAACUACCUGAGGAAAGAGCUGCUGCUUCUGGACAUGACAAAAGACAAUGCUCAGGAGCUCAAACUCCAGCCUUACCGAGAAAUCUUUGAAUUCUUUAUAGAGGAUUUCAAAACCUACAGACCCUUGUUGUCUUCCAUAAAGAACGCGUAUGAAGUCACACUAGCUCACUUUAGGGAGAAGAUUCGGUCUCUGGAGCCACUGAAAGCUAUGCUAGUUAAUGUAUCUGAAGACUGCAAUGAAAAAAUCCUGGCUAUCAGGGCAGAAGAAAGAUAUGAAAUCAAAAUGUUGAGGAAAGAGAAAAUUAAUUUAUUAAAGCUCAUUGACAAGAAGAACGAAGAGAAGAUCUCUCUGCAAACUCAAGUGACCAACUUACGGAAAAACUUGGCAGAAGAAUAUCUUCAUUUCCUUAAUGAACGAGAUGCCCGAAGGAUCCUAACUGCUGAUCUUAAUGAGCUUCGAUAUCAGCGGGAGGACAUGUCUCUUGCCCAGUCUCCAGAUGUAUGGGGAGAAGACCCUGUAAAGUUAACCCUGGCUUUGAAAAUGGCUCGUCAAGACCUCACCAGAACUCAGAAGGAGCUGAACACAAUGAAGGCAAAUUUUGGUGAUGUUGUCCCCAGAAGGGACUUUGAAAUGCAGGAGAAAAGAAACAAGGCAUUAUUCGAAAUGGUGGAAAGCUUAAAAACUGACUUCGAAGAGAUACGGAAGGAGUACGACACACUGUUACAGGUUCACAUGACAAUUGUAAGAGAUAGGGAUGAAUUCUACAGUGAGCUGCAGGAGAUACAACGGACCUCCACUCCCAGGCCCAACUGGGCCAAGUGUGAAGGUGUGAUAUCUGGGGGACAAGAACGCUGGAACUUGUUGUCUCAAGGGAAAAGCAGUGACCAGCUUGUUGAUGUGCUACUAGAAGAGAUUGGUUCAGGACUUCUCCGAGAAAGGGAGACCUUCCAAGGGCUGGGCUCCACUGAAGACAUCCCUGAAUUCCUUCGGUCCGGAGGGUUUGCCCGAAACAAAAAGCUAAGCAAAAAGGAAGUGGUGGACAUCAUCAAAGAUGUCUGGAAAGAGCGGAUGGCUGAAGAUCAGAAAGAGAAGACGUCCACCAUGUCCCAGUUUUUCCUGAACUACCUGAAAAAACGCUUUGGGGAUGUCUCUGCCAUGGACUGGUCCUACACCAUUUUUGAAAAUGUCAAACUCUUUCACUCCAGUGAGGUCAUGAAGCAAUUCCAUGAUGUCCUGACAGGAAAGGUGAACGAAAACGUGUACCUUGGCCAGAAAGAACUCGUGUCCAAUCUGCUGAAGGAGCUGAACACCACUGACAGCCAGAAUGAGGGAAACCUCACCUUAGAUCAGUUCAGCACAGUGCUCAAGAACACCUUCCCCCUCAAGACAGAGGAACAGAUUCAGGAGUUGUUGGAGUUGGCCAAGGUCCAGUUGGAGGGCAUCCCUCAUGACGUGGUCCACUACCGACUUUUGUUUGCUGAGGAUGAAUUGGGUACCUCAAGGCCUUUCAUUCAUAAACUGUGGAGCCAGGCUCAAAAUGAGAAGCAGGCCUAUCUGAUGGACCUGGAGACAGAACUUGGGCCUAACAAGAUGGCUGAGAUAACCCCAGGACAGCUGCGCCAGGCCCUGAUUUCCAUUGACCCUUCUCUGGAUGAACAAACCCUGGACAACUAUGUGAGCCAAGCCUUCAAGACUUCUAUAGAAGACCUGGAGCCAGAGUGUGUCGAGGAAGAAGGAGUCCUGCUGGCAAACUUACAAAAUGGAGCUGUGAAGCGCAUGGGCCCUCGAGAGCUUGAGCCAAGCAGCUAGACCUUCUCCUGCCUCCGUCCACGGAAGCAGGAGCAGAGGGUCGAAAGCCGCUCCAAACCACAUUCUUGUUUCCCUUCCCUCCCUCUACCCCCAUCA